AUGGCGCUCUCCAAGCCUCUCCUCUCUCGCCUCCUCCCCCUUCCCCUCCGCCUCCGCCCCCAGGCCUGCUUCCUCUGCCUCGCCACCCCGACGUCGACCCCGACCCCCGCCCCAAUCGACGACGCGCAUGCCCCCGCGGACGCCGCCGCCGAGCGCCGCCGCCGCAAGCGCCGCCUCCGCGUGGAGCCCCCUCUCUCCCGGGGGCCCGCGCCGCAGCGCGCGCCGGGGGCUCCCCGCCCCGCGUCGAACCCCAACGCGCCCAAGAUCCCGGAGCCGGCCUCGGUGCUCUCGGGGAAGCGCCUCGACCUGCACCGCCGAAUCCUCACGCUCAUCCGCGAGAACGAUCUCGACGAGGCGGCGCUCCUCACGCGCCACUCCAUCUACUCCAACUGCCGCCCCACCGUCUUCACCUGCAACGCCGUCCUCGCCGCGCUGCUCCGCCAGGCCCGCUACGCCGACCUCCUCUCCCUCCACCGCUUCGUCACGCAGGCCUCCGUCGCGCCCACCGUCGCCACCUACAACCUCCUCCUCCAGGCCUACUGCGACUGCCGCCGCCCCGACGUCGCGCUCGAGCACUUCCGCCUCCUUCUUAAGGACGACUCGCCCGUGCUCCCCUCCCCCACCACAUACCGCAUCCUGGCGCGCUCCUUCGCCGAGAAUGGCAAGCUGGACCAGGCGCUCGAGCUCAAGGAUGGCAUGCUCGAGCGCGGCCUCAUCGCCCCUGAUACCCAGGUCUAUGCCUUCAUCAUGGGCGGGUUUGUCAAUGCCGGGGACGGUGACAAGGCAGUUUCGUUGUAUGAGGAGCUCAAGGAGAAGCUUGGUGGGGAGCCUAUUCUUGAUGGCGUGGUGUACGGGAACUUAAUGAAAGGGUAUUUUCUCAAGGGCAUGGAGAAGGAGGCCAUGUAUUGCUAUGCAGAGGUGCUUGGAGAGGGUUCCAAGGUGAGGUUCAGUGCCGUGAGUUACAACAUGGUGCUUGAUGUGCUCGGGAGGAAUGGGAGGUUUCAAGAUGCGAUUGAGGUGUUUGGGAAGAUGGCCGAGAAGAGGUGUGCUCCAGAUGCACUCUCCUACAAUAAUCUGAUUGACUGGCUAGGGAAGAAUGAUCUUGUUGGGGAGGCUGAGGGAUUGUACAAGGAUAUGGGUGAGCAAGGUGUAAACCCUGAUGAGUACACCUAUGUCUUGCUCAUUGAGUCUUGCUUUAAGGUUGAUAGGGUGGAAGAUGCAGUUGCUUACUUCAACAAGAUGUUUGAUGCUGGUCUGAGGCCCAAUGCAAAUGCAUUUAACAAAGUCAUAGGUGGCUUGGUGAAGGUUCAUAGGCUCAGCGAGGCACAAGGGUUCUUUGACAUGAUGCCUGAAAAGGAGGUCAAACCAAACAUUGCUAGCUAUGAGUUGCUGUUCAAGGCAUAUAUUGAUGCUGCAAGGUUGGAUGAUGCGAUUAAGAUAGCCAAAGGUAUUCUGUUGGACGAGAGUGUCGUCUUUAGUGAUGAAAUGAAAGCACUUCUGGAGGAGGCACUGGACAAAGAGGGGAGAGAUGGGGAAAUGGCAAAGUUAUAUGAAGAUGUUGAGAGGGAGAAAGAAGAGGCGGCUGCAUGUGCAGCUGAAGAGAAGGCUAGAGCUGAGGCUCUUGCUAAAGAAGAAGAAGAGACGAAGAAGGCUGAGGCAAAGGCUAAGGAAGAAGCGGCUGCCAGGGCUAGCCGAGCAGCUAUUGAGGCAGUGCUGGGUCGCAAGAAGGAAGCAGAAAAACAGGAACCAGUUGAUGGACUGAACGUUGAGGAGGCAGAGGUUGUGGAAUCCAACAAUGACACCAGCGAUGCUUCUGGAGAACUGAGUGAAGGCGAUGAGCAGAAAAAGCAAGAGUCUGCUGAAGCCUCAUCGUGUUCUUAG